AUGAAAAUUAAAGUUUUAACAAGAAAUCCUGACAAUUACUUAAGAGAAACUAAGAGAGACAUUAAUAAAGUUUUUAGAAAUUAUGAUACUUAUUUGCAUCCUUUUGAGGCAGAACGAGAAUAUAUGCAAGCUUUGAAUGCAAUAAAACUUGAGAGAGUAUUUGCCAAGCCUUUUAUGGGUGCAUUAAGUGGACAUUCCGAUGGAAUAUAUUGUAUGGCCAAACAUCCAACUACAUUAUCCUGGUUUUUUUCUGGAGCUUGUGAUGGCGAAAUUAAAAUGUGGAAUUUAAAUACCAAAUCACCUCUUCAUUCCAUCCCAGCACACAAUGGGUUUGUUAGAGGGAUAUGUUUACCUAAUUCUGGCAAUUAUUUUUUAUCCUGUGGUGAUGACAAGACAAUAAAAUUAUGGAGUCUGAAUAAUAUACUAUUUCAAAAAAAUAUCAAACCACAGAGCAUGAUAGUUUCUGAGAAAAUCAUAUAUGGGUGUGAUCAUCACUUAUCCAAUCCUUUGUUUGCAACAUCCGGAGAAGAAGUUAACAUAUGGGAUAUUAAUAGAACAGAACCUAUUAAGACAUAUACCUCUUCAAUAGACAGUUCAAACUGCAUUAAAUUUAAUCCUGUUGAGACAGACAUAUUAGCUUCAGCAGCUUCCGAUAGAAAUAUAACGCUCUACGAUGUCAGAAAACCAACGUAUAUAAAAAAGAUAACCUUAAAACUGAAAACCAAUUCCUUAUGUUGGAAUCCCAUUGAAAGUUGGACCCUAACUUGUGCCAACGAGGAUUACAAUGCGUACACGUUAGACGUGCGAAUGCUCACGAAACCCCGAGUCAUGCACGCCGGACACACGCAGGCGGUGCUCGAUGUCGACUACGCCCCGAGCGGAAAAGAAAUAGUUACGGCCAGUUUUGAUAAAACCCUUCGGAUAUUCCCCGUUGAUAAGGGAAAUAGCAGGGAGAUAUACCAUGCUCAAAGAAUGCAGCGAAUAUUCUGCGUGAAAUGGUCGUCCGAUAACAAAUACAUAUUUUCCGGUUCCGAUGAGAUGAACAUAAGAAUAUGGAAGGCCACAGCAUGGGAAAAACUAGGAAACCUUAAAACGCGAGAAAGAAACGCCUUCAAUUACAACCAAAAAUUGAAAGAGAAAUAUGAGAAUCACCCAGAAAUUAGCAGGAUCAAUCGGCAUCGACACAUACCUAAACCUCUCUACAAAGCUAAACGGGAGCUCUUGGAGAUUAAACAAGCCCAGUUGAAAAAGGAAGCCAAUGUUAUGAAAUACAACAAAAAUAAAACGAAAGUUGUUGAUAAAAUUGUAAUAUCAGAAGAAUAAUAAAAUGAAUAUAUGAAUGUGAUGUUUAUGUCUUUUAUUAAA